UAUUAGAUUUAUUACACAUAUUGUAUUUAUGUUUCCAUAUCUUUUUUUAAACACAAUAAAUGAUAUGUUUUGCGAGAGUGAAAGUCAUCUACGUUCUAUCACGGAUAAGGUCCGUGGUUUCAUUAUAUUUUUUUUCCAAAUGAAACAACAGUAGUCUUAGUACAAUGUAACCGAUGGCUAUCGCGAUUCUCACUAAACAAUAUUGUAGCGGAACCGAAAAUGGGGGAAGAAUAGUUGGGAAGUUGCUACGCUAAAGUUUUAAUACUUUAAAAAACAUUCAUUUUAUGUCCGUUCAAAUGUAAAAAAAAACAUGGAAACAAAAAAACUCUAUUUACAUGCAACGACACAGAUUUUUGAAAAUUCAUAUGCGAGAAAUAAUGUGCAAAUUCAGUACACCUGUGUAUGCGGUAUUAUUCAUGAACUGUCGGUAUCAAAACUGAGUUAAAAUUUACCUAGAUUUAAAAAGUACACUUGUCGUAACUGUGUUCAACUUAAAAUAGAAAAGAAUCUGAGUGACAUACUAUGAUUGGCAAAAUAUUUUCGUUUGCAUUUGAGCCAAGUCAGCAGAAGGAAUGUGGUUUAUUAUUGCAUUAGUAUUAGAAGGGGUGUGCAUCCUAAGGAGUGAGGAUGAAUUUCCCCAGAUUAAACACCGCUCUGCCUGUGACAGUCCGGAGUUUUGCCAGACUAACAGGUACUCCAUUGAAUGUCCGGUCAAUGAGUACAUUGCCAUGAUGGGGGUUAGCUACGGGGCAAAGCCAAUCACGAACUACUGCCCCAAGACCCAGGCCUGCAUCAACCAGCGUCAGUGCUGUACAUACGAGGUAGGGGACUGCAUUGUUCCCUUCAAUGAUACAGAGAUGGUUGAGCUAUACAGCAAGUGCUCCCAGAUGCAACAGUGUGGCUGGUGGUUUGCGAGCUCCACGAAACUCCCUGAUGACUGCAGGGUCCGUGAUCGUUCCAACUACAUCUGGGCAGACUUCCAGUGUGUCACCAGGAACCAGUUUGUGGACAUGUGUUCCCAGCAGACUGUGACAGCCAAGACCGUCCAUCUCCAACACUCUGCUGUUCUCAGUAGCCACAACUUUGACCAGUGUUCAUGCAUUGUAACUCCAGACUCGUGCAACACAAGCACUAGACUAGAGUUUCGGGCAGUUGACAUUCGCCUGCACAGCGUUGGUGACACUGAAAACAUAUCAAAGUGUACGACAGCCAGCCGUCUUGAGUUGGUCGGUCAGAAGGAUCUGAAGCGAUACUCUUGCCAUCCAGACGCAUUCCUGCAUGGGUUCAAGACAUUCCAUGUGACCAGCGAAAAGAAUGUGAUGCUUUACCUGCAUAAAAAGCACAGAGAGUAUCCUCAGAGUGUCUGGCUUGAAGUGAAAGCGUCAAAUCCAGAAGUUAAUGUUCGCGUGACAUGCGGACCGCGGAGCAUCGAGACAGCCAGCAGGUGCCCUGCCUCCCCAAUCAGUCAAUCAAAUAAGCUUGACGAUGUGGAGGAAGUCCCGGACAAAUCCGAAAACACUCCCACCAUAAUUCACCUGGACCCAGACGCCAUUGACCAUGGAAAAGGUCAAAACGAUGAUGAGCCAGGUGAAAAACAAAACACAGCCCUUGCCCCUCUGGUAGGAGGAAUUGUUGCUGGUGUAGUUGUGCUCCUGCUGCUGUUGCUGGUGGUCCGUCUCAUCAUUAGAAAAAAAAAAAACAACAGGAAACACGAGUCUGGUGGCAAGAAAUGUCUUCCCUUUGCUGAAGAGUCUCACCAAGCGAAUUAUUAUGAACCAAUCAACGACUCAGAUUCAAAGGCAAGAGAUGCCAACCUGAUUUACCAUGAGCCAUGGGGAAAGCAAGACGGAGUAGAUGUCACUAAUAGGGCCAAACAGAAAGAUCUGGCUUAUGCAACCAGUGAAGAAAUCAAGGUGCUAAUUGAGAAGAUGGAAAGGGAUCGUCACAGCAUCAUUGAGGGUGAUGAUGAUUACCCCAGCCCCGAUCCAACAUACUACAGACAUGUUAGUACAUUUACCUUCCAUCCCCCUGAAAGAAAGAACUUAAAUGGUAACAAUGAGGGCUGUAAAAACAAAACAGAAAGUGAGGAUGAGUCAUUAGCUUCAGAUAAUUGUGGGACUGAAAAGCUAGAAUCUGAAGAUUCAAAAGUAGAGGCAGACAGAGUGAUAGAUUCAGAUUGUGAGUCUCAUAAGGUGGAAUCCGAGACUGUCUCUGCCUAUUUUGAUGGUUACGAGUCACCUAGAGUCAGCAGUUCGCAUCCUUCAGACAUCUCAACUGCCAGGACGAGUGUACUGUCAGACAAUCGGUCGGAGCUGCCAAAUUAUGUGUACGAGCCAGAUGAUGUAAUUCUUGAAGACCAUUUGUCCGACUUAGAAAUUCCUGACGAACAUGCACCACCCAUUGGUGCAGCCAUCUUAAAUCAGUUGAAGGAUAAACGGAAAUCUGGUGACCUAACAGAGCAGGAUGAAGGGAAUAUUGUUCUUGGAGCCUAUAGAGAGCCCAGAGGUAGUGUAGACAGUGGUAUAAGGGAGGCAACUCCAGAUUCCCCGGACACUGAGGAUUUAAAGAGUGAUUACCCUUACAGUCCUGUGUACGAUGAGAUAGCUGAACAGCAAACAAGGCUGUAACUGUUUUAGGGCCAUUUUCUCUAUAGCCAAAUACACAGGAAUUAAACAGAAUGGAAGAGAAUCUUCUGGUCAUAAUAUUAUAAUUCACAUGAUUUACAUGUAUGUGGUAAUUAAUUACAUUCCUACAGAUUUACACUUGUUUGUACAAUAUAUAUAACAUUUUCUAUUGUAAGCAUUAACUUUCAAUAAAGGUCAUGUUGAUGAAUUUUAUUUAAAUCUGUUGCGCUUUUGUAUUUUGAACCACUAAUAGGAAAUAUUCAGAGAGAUACUCCAUGAAUUAAUUAAGGAAGUUUUGUCUUGCGAACUUUUAUUUGUUAUUGUGUUACUGGUUGAUGUUGUGAUGUUUUAUAUAUAUGAUACAGAGUGUCUUUCAAUAUUGUACAAGUUAUCUAGCAAAACCUUAAGAUAAGAAGGACAGUUUGGUGUUGUAUUAAAGUUCCUUAUUGUAAAAGUUAACCUCAACAUGUGUGUAACUUCAUUGAUGGGAUGAUUGUGAUCAUAUCACAUUCUUAUACACUUUAACUUACUUUCAUAAAGUAAAGAUCUGCUAUAUUUUGAUGAAACCUUCAUUCCUUGUCCCACCAUUCCAAAACAGGAUUAAGCCAUUCCAAAUCUUUGUUUCCAAUAAUUACGUUUAUUCUCAUUGCAUGGUGAUACUAUGGCUGUGUCCUCUAUGGCUGUGUCAUCUAUGGUUGUGUCCUCUAUGGCUGUGUCAUCUAGGUUUUUGUUUUAUUUUUAUAUAUGUUUAUAUUUUGUACAUUUUUUAAGCAGUUUUAAUUCAGUGUUGUGUUAAAUUAUUUUGGACAUGUAGAUUUUGAUCUGAAUAUGUUAUACUGGUUUAUAUAUUUAGGCAGGCAUAAUGUUUCCAUAAUUAUGACAUAUUCUAUAUGUAUUUGUAUAAAUGUAAGUAAUUUUUCAAGUAACAGAAUUAUUGUAACACUUCCAUAGAAAUAUUU